AUGAAUGAACUAUUUUGCCAGGAUCUUCCCUCAGUCAGAAGAAGAGUAAAAGAGCAGUAUUUACGAAGACACACUACGAAUUUCUCAAAACUUCAAGAAUUCCGGAACUUAACUAUUCAAGAUGCCAGAAGACUAUCGGACUCGGAUGUUUUUCAGAGGCCGGAAGCAAAAGCGUGGCUUGAAGAGUUCGGAUUCAAAAAGGGAUCGUUUAUCGAACGAAAGAAACAGUCAAUAGGUUCCACUUCUUCGGCGUCGUCUUCUGACAGAUGGUCGUUUGAAGAGAUUGACAAAACAGUACUACCAUUGGGUGUUGGAAUCAGAUCUACGUUAGACGGAAAGCAUACAAUCACCCAUGUCCAGCCGGGCUCGCCGGCGCACCUUUCUGGAAUGAAGAAGAAUGAUAAAAUACUAAAAGUCAAUGGUAUUCACACAUCUGAACUGGCGAAUUAUCAAUUAGUGAAGAUGCUGAGUAUGAACUGUGGCGGAAUGCAAAUACACGUUGAGUCUGAUAUUUAA